CAACAAUUAAAACAUUCACGACUCGGCGUUCAAACACAUCACUCGCCAUGUUUCGCCCAGUCGUGUUCGCUUUUUUACUUACUUAUACUAGUGUUUUGGGUGAAAAAUGUGUAGGUCACAACUUCGAAAGUGAUUUUGAUUAUUUGUUCAAAAGUGAUUCUUAUGUUUGCGUCAAUGGAGAACAAUGGCAAUUGUCAAACUAUUCUUCAAUCGAUAUAGCAGAUGUCCCUGCAGGAAGUAACCGUUUUAUAGAACCAAGGUCAAUCAUGACUUGCGAGUCAACCACCUCGUUCCAAAUGUAUGAGGGUACUUUAGAAGUCAACAUUUAUAUGAAGGCAAAGAAGGACGAAGAUUUCUUGUCAGUGUUUGUGAGUGAACUCACAAGCAAUGGGCACAGUAAUCGUGGUCAUGCAUCCUUCUCACGAAGAAUAUCAAAUUAUAAGGACGGUUGGAAUACCAUUCGAAUUGAAUUAUCCAGUUCUUUCAUUGGUUUUAUAUCAUUCAUAGGUGAGAAAUCUGAAGAAUCGAUAGUGUUAAUUGAUUCAUUUAGAUACUUUGCAAAAGAUCAUAAAGAUAAUUGUAUAUUAUACAAAGAUAUCGAUAAUGAUAUAACUAUAGAUCCCGACACUGUUGAGUCCACAACUGAAUCACAAACAUGGCCUGAUCCCGAAAUAAACACAACUCCUGAAGUUGAUAUGACAUAUUCUACCCCAGAAUUUGAGACAACGCCUUAUCCCUUUCCUGAAGAACACAUAAGUACAUCCGCUCCGUCAGAGGAAGAGACUACGCCUUAUCCCUUACCUGAAGAACACAUAAGUACAUCCGCUCCGUCAGAGGAAGAAACUACGCCUUAUCCUUUACCUGAAGAACAUACAAGUACAUCCGCUCCGUCAGAGGAAGAACCCACGCCUUAUCCCUUACCUGAAGAACACGUUAGUACAUCCGCUCCGUCAGAGAAAGAGACUACGCCUUAUCCCUUACCUGAAGAACACAUAAGUACACUCCCUCCGUCAGAGCUGGAAUCAACGCCUUAUCCCAGUCCUGAAGAAGAACUAACGACUUAUGACCCUACUACUGACUCAGAACCAAAUUAUCAAACAACUAACAGCCCAAUUGUAGAAACAGAAAAAUGCGUUACAUACAAUUUUGAAAAAGAUUUCGACAAGUUAUUUACCCAUAAUCACGAGCUGUGUGGAAACUUCGACAUAUGGGAACUUAGCAACUAUUCAUCAAACGGAAUAGACACGAUCAAUGCUAAAGGAAAUUCAUAUUUAUCACCAAGUGAAGAUUUGAGUUGCAUAUCGGCUUUUCCAAUUCGUAUGAGUCCUAACGGCCUUGUUGAAGUGAACGUUUAUAUCGAAACCGCUUCAAAAUUAGAUUAUAUAAUUGUUCUAGUGAAGAACGUAGUGGUGGGCAGCGUGGAUACUGUUGCUGGUUCAAUUAUAUACGAGCCUGAUGUUGCUUCGUUUGUCGAAGGAUGGAAUGUUCUUCGUAUUAACGUGGUAAACUUGAGGAGUUUUGAUGGAUACCUUAUAUUUCUCGGUGCAGCCUCAGAAGGAUCGACCGUGCUCGUCGACUCAUUUCGCUACAUACCACCCUGGGCCAAUGCAAACGACCCAGACUGCCAAUUCCGCUAAAAUUGAGAAGAAAAUAACAAACUUUGGACCAGCAAAGUAUAUAUCACUAAACAUAAGUUGAUAGACAGAAAUUGGAAAUAACUUGGCAAAGACAAUAAAGUAAUAGAAAUAGGGCAUUUUAAUUGAUAUUUUAUUUUUUAGUUAUUUAAAUCUAAGAUAUCUCAAAGGCUAAAAAUAACAUUCCAUUGAAUUAUAAUGACAGGUCUAUUUAAGCAGUAAGAGAAUAAGGACGUACCGAUUAAUGAAUGACCUCACUUUAUAUACGUGAGUGUACACGAAAGAGAUAGCUUUCGACUACGCGUCCUUGCUGCCUACAACAAUAAAUAUUAAAUGCUGCCUCAUUUCACAGGCCAAUUCCCCAGUAUGCUUAAUUUCAAUUAAGUAUACAAAAUUAAUGAAAUAAUAGUAUUAAAUAAGCAAGUCUAUUCUAUGAAAAUUAUAAACCAAGAGUUCAAUAGUAUUACUAUGAAACACCUCUCAUUGAACUUAGAUAUGACUGUUGAUCUAUAUCUUCAUGAUUCUAAAUUUGGGAUCAUUUUACUUGGUUGUCCCUAAGGUCCAAUAGAACUUAUGUUUGGCACAGGUCCUACUGAUUGAUCUUUAUCAAGCACGUGAUUUCUAAUAACUAAUUCUCCACUAAAAUGUUUCCAGUGUACACGGAAUUAGGAGGAAUAUAGCAUUAUUCUAU